GUAUUCAAUCCAAAAUUAACAGGAUAUUCUACGGGCACGGGAGAAUUUAUUUCGACCGCGGCGAAAUUGAACGUUGCCUUUCCGGUCGCUGCUACUGAAGAUGCGUUACAACAAGCGAGAAUCCUGGUGCAAAGAAUAAAAAAUAAUCCCAAAAUAAAUAUAAAAAGACAUUGGAAGCUUAUUACGAUCUUAUUUGGAGCUAACGACAUUUGUUCGGCGCAAUGUUACGAUCCACAAAAAUUCUCACCAAUGCGUUACAUCUUACAUUUACGAAGAACGCUCGAUUUUUUAAAAAUCGCAUUACCCCGCACUCUAGUCAAUUUGGUUCCAGCCCUAGAUGUUACGGUCUCUAUUAGAGUAACAAGAAGUACCAUGUGUAAUAUAUUGCACCCUCUCUAUUGUGCCUGCAUGCAUCAAGGUAGUCGACCGGAAAUUGAAACGUCGAAAAUAUCCCAGCUUUAUCAACAGGCUGCUGAAGCUUUAGUUCACUCAGGAAGAUAUGAUAACUCUCCGGAUUUCACGGUGGUGUUGCAGCCAUUCAUUAAAUUAUUUAAUGCUCCUAAUACAGAUCCUAGACGCGCUCCAUCGAUCGACUCCAGUCUGGUCACAUAUGAUUGUUUCCAUUUUAGUCAGAAAGGACACGCACUCGCCGCUAAUCUCCUGUGGAAUAACAUGUUGGAGCCUGUCGGAAAUAAAACAGACAGGGGAUUGCCAAGAACACUAGAGAAAAUACUUUGCCCUACGGAAAACGCUCCUUAUAUCUUUACAAACGUCAAUUCACGGUAUUUCCGAAUGACUGGCAGACAAGAUGGAAUUGUUUAA